AUGAACUUAACGUAUUAUGAACUUCUUGAAAUACCCGAAACAGCAACACAUGAAGAAAUAAAACAACAAUAUCAAAAAUUGUUACUUAUUCAUCAUCCAGAUAAAUCUCAACGUUCUUUAAUAAAUUCCGAAGACACGAAUAAAAGCGAAAAAGUAAAUCAGAUUAUUGAAGCAUGGAAUACUUUAAAAGAUCCAGAAUUACGAAAAGUUUAUGAUAAAGAACUAAAAGCCACAAAACUUAGAUACGAUGGAUUAUUUAAUUCGGAAAUUGAUCUAGAUGAUAUGGAAUAUGAUCAAGGUGCAGUCCGUGACUAUUUGUGCAAAUAUUCACCACAUUCAUUAUUUUUUAAAAAUAACAACUCUUUGAAAAUAAUUAUAGAGACAAAUUCCUAUUCAAUACGAUGUCGUUGCGGUGGUUUAUAUAUAAUUACUGAGGAAAAUAUGGAUCAAGGUGCUGAUAUUAUUGGGUGUACAGAUUGUUCACUGAGAAUUCGUGUGUUGUAUGAAACUGUUUCAGAACAUUAA